CUCUCUUUAAGCCGUCUGAUCCCCCACCAUGGCGGAGGGCAUCAGGAAGGCGUUCGCUCGAGCGAAGAGCGAAGGCCGAGCAGCGCUGGUCACAUACACCACCGCUGGCUAUCCCACCAUCGCAGAAACUUCCGAUAUCCUGCUGGGCAUGGAAGCAGGUGGUGCAGAUGUCAUCGAGCUGGGCACGCCUUUCACAGAUCCCAUCGCCGACGGCCCCACCAUCCAGACUGCCAACACGCUCGCCUUGGCCAAUGGCACCACCACGACGUCCUGUCUAAACAUUGUGAAAGAGGCGAGGGCCAAGGGCCUGCAGGCUCCGGUGCUGCUCAUGGGCUACUACAAUCCGCUGCUGGCGUACGGCGAGGAGCGCAUGCUUCAGGAUGCAAAGGCGGCCGGCGUGAAUGGCUUCAUCAUGGUCGACCUGCCGCCUGAGGAGGCCGUGCGAUUCCGCCAGCACUGCAAGAACUACGGCCUCUCCUACGUCCCGCUGAUUGCACCGUCUACAAGUGAGAAGCGCAUGAAGCUGCUGUGCAGCAUUGCCGACUCUUUCAUUUAUGUCGUGUCGAGGAUGGGCGUCACUGGUGCUACUGGCGCGCUCAGCACUGGACUGCCGCAGCUGGUCGAGCGUGUUCACCAGUACUCGAACGGUGCCCCGGCUGCUGUCGGAUUUGGCGUCAGCACGCGAGAGCACUUCGUCGAGGUCGGGCAGGUCUCUGAGGGCGUGGUCAUCGGCAGUCAAAUCAUCACAACCAUCAAGAACGCGCCCUCAGGGCAGGGGGCGAAGGCUGUGGAGGAGUACUGCCACAAGAUCACUCAGCGACGGAACUCUCGACAAGUUCCCGACCCCAGUAACGGGCAUAGUAUCUCCACCGCCGCGAAUACGAAUGGAGACGGCAGCGGCUGGAUCAAGCAGACGAACGGCGAAGCCCCCAAAGAAAUCUCCACCGCCGACCCCACAAAGGAGCCUGCAAGUCAUUCCAGCCCGACCAACGGCACUGUUCAUGUAGACGGGGUAAUCAAGGAUUCGGAUACAAAGGGCCCUGGUCUGGCUGACCAGCUCGAAGCAUUGAACACAGAUGAAAAGGACCCUGAGUUGGUGCCCUCACGCUUUGGUCAAUUUGGCGGACAAUAUGUACCAGAGUCGCUGAUGGACUGCCUGGCAGAAUUGGAACGUGGCUUCAGCGACGCGAUCAAUGACCCCAAGUUCUGGGACGAGUUCCGAUCAUAUUACCCUUACAUGAGCCGUCCGUCCAGUCUGCACAAGUCGGAGAGACUCACCGCUCGAGUGAGAGAAGAGAGUCAGCCCGGACAUGGCGCAAAUAUCUUCCUGAAGCGCGAGGAUUUAAAUCACACUGGUUCUCACAAGAUCAACAAUGCAAUCGGUCAGAUACUGAUCGCUCGGCGGUUAGGCAAGACUGAAAUCAUUGCAGAGACUGGGGCCGGGCAGCACGGUGUCGCCACUGCCACUGUCUGUGCCCGAUUCGGCAUGAAGUGCACAGUGUACAUGGGCGCCGAGGAUGUGCGAAGACAGGCACUCAACGUAUUCAGGAUGAAGCUGCUCGGGGCCUCUGUCGUUGCAGUAGAAGCUGGUUCGCGCACACUUCGUGAUGCUGUCAACGAAGCGUUGCGGAAGUGGGUGGAGAAGCUCGACACGACACACUACAUCAUUGGCUCUGCUAUCGGGCCUCAUCCGUUCCCGACCAUGGUGCGCACAUUUCAGAGCGUGAUUGGCCAAGAGACGAAAGAACAGAUGCAUGAGCUGACGGGCCGCUUACCUGACGCUGUUGUCGCGUGUGUCGGCGGCGGCAGCAAUGCUGUCGGCAUGUUCCACCCCUUUUCCGAAGAUUCUAGCGUCAAACUCCUCGGAGUCGAAGCGGGUGGUGAUGGCAUCGACACACUGAAGCAUAGCGCGACGCUGUCUGGCGGCAAGCCUGGUGUGUUACACGGCGUGCGAACGUAUGUGUUGCAGAGUGAUGAAGGCCAGAUCAGCGAGACGCAUUCCGUCUCGGCAGGUCUCGACUAUCCGGGAGUUGGUCCAGAGUUGUCGGGUUGGAAGGACAGCGAACGCGCCAAGUUCAUUGCAGCGACGGAUGCGGAGGCCUUUAUUGGCUUCAAGCUGCUGUCGGAGCUGGAAGGUAUCAUUCCCGCGUUAGAGACGAGUCAUGCGGUGUAUGGCGCGGUGCAGUUGGCGAAGACGAUGAAGAGCGACCAGAACAUUGUCAUAUGUCUAUCGGGCAGAGGCGACAAGGACGUGCAGUCGGUGGCAGAGGAACUGCCACGGAUCGGGCCUAAAAUUGGUUGGGAUUUGAGGUUCUAAUUGUUCCUCCUCGUACUGUUUGUUUGUUUGUUUGUUUGGUACUGCUUACUGGCUGCAUAUUAAUCGUUGCUGGGGGGGCCUUUUGGGUUGCUAUCUCUGUAUCUUGUACAUUACAUGUACCUCAGGUAGGCGACUGUGCGUAAAGCGAGACGCACGAUGAUCAUUCGUUCGCUACAUGGCUCUUUUUGACAAUACCUGAAGAGGGCUUUUCAUAGAUGUCAAAUCAUGACCCACGGGUCGAAGCCAACCUGAGCUUACUUAGGUACCUUACCUUACCUCCUAGUACAAUGUACCUCGUAGUUGUCUGAGCCUUUGAGGAAAACCAUGUCAA